CCGGGCCGCGGGGCCUCGUGCCUGCAAGCUCAUUUCCAGGCUCAUUUCCGUGUGACUAAGUCAUUCCCUGUUCUCAGGCCUCCUCGUAAAAAUGCCCUUAAAGAUCCAAAUUUAUAAAUUUGAUCAUUUUAUAAAUUAAGAAUGUGUCGGUUUGGGGAACCUUAUUCUUUUUAACCAGGUGCUUUACCCUUUCUGUGAUAUAAGUUAAACAACAGUUUUCUUCGUGAUUUUUUUUUUUAAUUUUAUGAAUAAACUUCACUUCGCCCCCCCCUCCCUUUCCCCUCCAACCAGAGCACUGCUUCCAUCUAGAGGUGCACUUAAGCUUUUGUUUAAAGAAAAUGUCAUGGCAACAAGAGGUAGGGACUCGAUUGUUGCUCAGGUGGCUUCCACGUUAAGUAAUCCCUGUUCUUAUUGCUUAUGUGGACACCUCGGCCACUUUAUACCCUACACAUCCACUUGGGACCUGACUGUACAAGUGUUCUGGCCUCAUUCAGAAUCACUGCUUUGAGAGACCUGUCUGCGCGUCAGGCAUCUCUCUGUGAUAUAAAGCGACCUGAAGCAUUUCUGCCCCUGAGGCGAAAACUUCGUGCUGAUGUGACAGCUGCUUUCCCCACCCUUGGAACUGAUCAGGUCUCUGAGCUAGUACCUGGAAAGGAGGAACUCAACGUUGUGAAGUUGUAUGCUUACAGAGGGGAUGCAGUGACUGUGUAUAUGAGUGGUGGUAACCCCAUCCUAUUUGAACUGGAGAAAAAUCUAUAUCCCACAGUGUACACUCUGUGGUCCUAUCCAGAUCUUCUGCCAACCUUCACAACAUGGCCUCUGGUGCUCGAAAAACUGGUGGGCGGAGCAGAUUUAAUGUUGCCAGGACUGGUGGUGCCCCCUGCUGGUCUGCCUCAGGUACAGAAGGGUGACCUCUGUGCCAUUGUCUUGGUGGGGAACAGGGCUCCCGUCGCCAUUGCAGUCGCUGCCAUGUCCACAGUUGAGAUGUUGUCAUCGGGCCUGAAGGGCAGGGGCUUCUCCGUGCUCCACACCUACCAGGAUCACCUGUGGCGAUCUGGAGACAAGUCCCCUCCACCUUCCAUCGCUCCACUGACCCUCGCUGCCCCAGAACUCAGUGACGAGAAGGACUCUGUCCAGGUAGACUCCGCCCUGCAGGGAGACAUGAGGCAUCUGACCCUGGAGGGAGAGGAUGAAAAUGGGGAGAUUCAUCAAAUAUGUGGGGAGAAGUCCCCAUUAGAAGCCUCAGAAGACCCUAAUGUCGGGAGCUUGAACUCUGAGCCCACAGACAGCAAGACCCUUCAAGAGCAAAUGGAUGAGCUAUUGCAGCGAUGCUUCUUGCACGCUUUGAAGUGCCGUGUCAAAAAGGCUGACCUCCCUUUACUCACCAGCACUUUUCUUGGCAGCCACAUGUUCUCCUGCUGCCCUGAAGGACGACAGUUGGAUGUAAAAAAGUCGAGCUACAAAAAGCUCUCUAAGUUCCUGCAGCAAAUGCAGCAGGAGCAGAUUAUACAGGUGAAGGAGCUGAGCAAAGGGGUGGAGAGCAUUGUGGCUGUGGACUGGAAGCACCCGAGGAUCACAUCUUUCGUCAUACCCGAGCCCUCCCCGACUUCCCAGACUGUCCAGGAGGGUAGCAGGGAACAGCCCUAUCACCCUCCAGAUAUAAAAUCCCUCUACUGUGUCCCAGCCAGCAUGACCCUGCUCUUCCAGGAGUCUGGCCACAAGAAGGGGAGCACUCUUGAGGGCAGCGAGGUCCGGACGAUCGUCAUUGACUACGCCAAGAAAAAUGACCUAGUUGAUGCAGACAACAAAAAUCUCGUGAAAUUGGAUCCCAUCCUUUGUGACUGCAUCUUAGAGAAAGAUGAACAGCACACAGUAGUGAAGCUUCCGUGGGACAGUCUCCUGACCAGAUGUUUGGAAAAAUUACAGCCUGCCUAUCAAGUGACCUUUCCCGGACAAGAGCCCAUUGUGAGGAAAGGGAAAAUCUGCCCAAUUGACAUCACUCUGGCACAGAGAGCUUCUAAUAAAAAGGUGACUGUGGUCCGGAACCUGGAAGCCUAUGGUCUGGACCCGUGCUCAGUGGCGGCCGUCCUCCAGCAGCGAUGCCAAGCCAGCACCACUGUCACGUCUGCCCCCGGCACCAAGGACAGCCUGCAGGUCCAGAUCCAGGGAAAUCAGGUCCACCACCUCAGCCGGCUGCUGCUUGAAGAGUAUCAGCUUCCUCGAAAACACAUCCAAGGCCUAGAAAAGGCCUCCAAGCCUGGUAAGAAGAAGUGACAGACCCUUGUUUUAUAAAGUGGUUCCAGUGGAAAUCCAAGCUCUGGGCUGGUAAUUUAUAUGAGCAUUUUCAGCUUUUGCAAAUAAAAAAAUAUAAUUAUUUACCAAAAUAAAUUUUUAUUCUCAUCUAAA